AUGUCUCAGACACCCCACUUCGAUACACUCCAACUUCAUGCUGGUCAUGAACCAGAUUCCGCCACCAAUUCGCGUGCUGUGCCUAUCUAUGCCACAACUUCAUAUGUCUUCAAUGACUCUGCACAUGGCGCCAGGCUGUUUGGCCUGAAGGAAUUCGGAAACAUCUACAGUCGUAUCAUGAACCCGACUGUUGAUGUUUUCGAGAAGCGUAUUGCUGCCCUUGAAGGUGGCGUUGCAGCUGUCGCGGCCGCCUCUGGCCAAGCUGCUCAGUUCAUGGCCAUCGCCGCCCUUGCCCAUGCCGGUGAUAACAUCGUAGCCACCUCCAACUUGUACGGUGGCACCUACAAUCAAUUGAAGGUUACCCUCCCUCGUCUGGGUAUUACAACCAAGUUCGUUCAGGGAGAUAAGCCUGAGGACAUUGCCGCGGCCAUCGAUGAUCGCACCAAGGCCGUCUACGUCGAAACCAUUGGCAACCCCCGCUUCAACGUGCCUGACUUUGAGGCCAUUGCCAAGGUCGCGCACGAGAAGGGAGUUCCCCUUGUGGUUGAUAACACUUUCGGUGCUGGAGGCUAUUUCUUCCGUCCCAUCGAGCACGGAGCCGACAUUGUUGUACACAGUGCAACCAAGUGGAUUGGUGGACAUGGUACCACCGUUGCUGGUGUUGUUGUCGACAGCGGUAAAUUUGACUGGGGCAAGCACGCCGACAGAUUCCCUCAGUUCGUCGAACCAUCGGAGGGCUAUCACGGCUUGAAGUUCUGGGAGACCUUCGGACCUAUUGCGUUCGCUAUCCGUGUCCGUGUAGAGAUUCUCCGUGAUCUUGGAUCGGCGCUGAACCCAUUUGCCGCUCAGCAGCUCCUCCUUGGUAUCGAAACGCUGAGUUUGCGUGCCGAACGCCAUGCCAGCAAUGCCAUCGCUCUGGCCAACUGGCUGCAGAAGAACGAGAACGUCAGCUGGGUCUCAUACCCCGGUUUGGAAUCUCAUCCUAGCCAUGAGAUUGCCAAGCGCUACUUGAAGCGCGGCUUCGGUGGCGUUCUGUCCUUUGGUGUCAAGGGAGGCGCGGCUGCCGGUAGUCAGGUCGUCGAUAACUUCAAGCUGAUUUCCAACCUCGCCAAUGUCGGAGAUUCGAAGACCCUCGCCAUCCACCCAUGGUCCACCACCCACGAGCAGCUUACCGAGGAAGAGCGUAUCGCCUCGGGUGUCACUGAGGAUGCUAUCCGUCUGUCGGUCGGCACCGAACACAUUGAUGACAUCAUUGCCGAUUUCGAGCAGUCCUUCAAAGCCUCGGCUGCCGCGCUCUCGCAGUAG